UUUCCGCGCCCCCGCGGGCCGCACGCACUCUGCGAACCCUGCAUCUCGCGCCGCCGAUGCGGAUCGCGGCAAGGCGGCGCAGCAAGAGGGCCAGGCUCCCGAUCCAGCACUCUGCAGCCCGCGCCGGGGCGGGCGAAAACUCGCGGGGCGCUCGCCGCCAGGGGGGCAGCGGGCCGCCUGGGCCGCCGGUCCCAAAGAAAAAGAAAAAGAAGAAGAAAAGACGGAUAACUGGGGAGGGGGAGAAGAAAGCGGGAGAGGAGGAGCGACGCAAAAACGCUACCGACGCCGCCCAAACCUCUCCUGGGGUGCGUUCUGACCAGGACUUCGAGGCGGACCCGGCUGCGGUGACGAGGGACGGGUGGCGGUAUCGGUACGCCUCUCUCCCCUGAUGAAACGAGGACGAGGAGGGGCGCUCACAGCUCAGCGGCGGGAGGUCGCGCGGCGGCGCCGCUCGCUGAGGCGUGUCUCGAAGCCGGCGAUCGAGGAGUCGAGGCGACGCCUGCCUCGCACGGCACGCUCUCUGCAGAUGCCUCGGGCGGGCUCCGCAACACCCCAGGGCUGCGAGAACCUCCAAGACUGCAGAGUCAGCGGGCAUCGGAUCAGGAAAUCCGAUCAAAUCGUAAAAUGGUUGAAGACGGAACUUCGCACCGUUGACGCUCGGGGCCACAGGCGUACAAGCCUUCCCCUCCACACCUCCUGCCCGAGGGGGGGGUGGAGAGAGCAGGAGGAGGAGGAGGAGGAGGAAGAGGGGGAAGAGGAGGAAGAGGGGGAAGCAGGGAGGAAGCGGAGGACCAGGAGGAGGAAGCGUGAAAUUUGCUCACAGGAGAAUUGGUACAACAUCCUACACAAACCACGUUGCAGCCUCCGUCUUGAUGGGCGUGAUGGCGGCCACCUUCCGGAAUAUCUCGCCCAUUCCCGAGUUGUAGCCGUUGGCCGCUCGGUCGCGACACAUCGGGCCAUACUCUUCCUCGUCCUGGUACCUAACGCCGCCGCGCUCUGUGAUGCGCCCUGGCGUGGCCACGCCGGACGUCCAAGCUGGGUCGGCUCCCUCCGGAAAAUCGAAAAACAUGUUUAUUAUGAUGUCCCCAUGGUCACUCAGGGGUGCCUUGUGCAGCGUACCAUUGCUGUCGCAUCUGAUCUCGGCGGCAUCCCGGGCCAACGUGGACGCGCCGCGCCCGAAGGCGUCCUGGAAAGGCUUGCCCAGCUCCUCCGGGUGCUCGCAGGGGUUUCCCAGCACCGCGAAGUUGUAGGCACGGGCGCCCUCAGCUCUGUGACAACGGUCUUCGUGUCAACCUUGAUGAAGUCCUGCGUGUCGCAGACGCAAGGCCAACAGCAAUAGUGCAUGAACCCUGCGACGCUUCCGUGUCCGCUCGCCCUCUGAAGAGUCAGCUUGUAUCGGUUGAAGUCCCCCGGCCGCGUCGGUGAACCGCUGACGGCGCAGAAACAAGAGAACAUGCAUAGAACUGCUGGUGACUCAUCUGGGAGCUCCUCUCCAGGAGGAACCAGCUCCACAGGUGCGAGGCUGCGUUGCGGUUGCCAUGCAGAAAAAUGUUGCGGUACUCGCGGUGCAAGUCUGGGCACGUCUUGCCGGCCCAGCGGUCGGGCACCUCACGCAGGACAUCCCCGGGGGGCUCGCCGUGCCGCGGGCGCCGCCCUCCGGCAGGCAGGCGAGCAGCGCCGCCGCGGCCAGCGCCGGUGCAAAGGCCAUGAGAGGGGGGAAGGAGGGAGGGAGGGAGGGAGGGAGG